UGGUAAAUUAUAGGUUUGGUUUUGGUAUAUUUAUUUAAUUUAUUUUUGGCUAUAUUUUUUGGAACGGACUUACGUCUGGCAAAGUAGCUGAGGUGAGGGAGAGAGCGUGGAAUCAAUUGGGUUUGGGAAUUGUAACAUUUCGUCACCAUCGAAAAGAUUGAUCCAAAAGCGAAGCAGAGAAAGCUUCAAAAGACCAAUAACCAGUAACCACUGCCUCCAAUAUUCAACUUCUCAAAGCAUUAAACAAAACUUUUUUUAGGCCUUUGAUCCAACCAGAUCAAAGGUCAAGGAGUACUACGUUAUCUUAUGGGAUAUGAGAACCUCUGUGUAUGUAUGAUAUAUAAGGAACCGUAAUCUCUUGGCCAUUAUGCAUGUCUGGCCUUGUGGCCAUUGUUGAUAACGUGGAGGGAGCACUUUCUUGUGCAGAGAGAACAAAAUCUCUUGAUGCAAUUCCUGACAAAGACCUUUCUUCAAUAUCAACUAAUGGUGAGUUUUCUCAUACUUCUGAAACUGCUGGCUUUAGAGUUGGGGAGCGUUUGCUCCCCAAUGGGGAAUCUUACUCCGGUUCACUGCUCGGCAACAUCCCUGAAGGAAAGGGGAAGUAUUUCUGGUCAGAUGGUUGUGUAUAUGACGGUGAGUGGAGUCGGGGGAUGAGACAUGGGAAUGGAAAAAUUCAGUGGGCUUCUGGUGCAGUUUAUGAGGGUGAAUUUUCUGGUGGUUAUUUACAUGGUACAGGGAUAUACAUUGGAUCGGAUAAAUUGACCUACAAGGGACGUUGGCGAUUAAAUGUUAAACAUGGUUUAGGAUAUCAAACUUAUCCUAAUGGAGAUGGCUUUGAAGGGUCUUGGAUCCAGGGAACACCAGAAGGCCCUGGUAAGUAUACAUGGGCUAAUGGAAAUGUUUAUCUAGGAAAUAUGAAAGGAGGAAAAAUGUCGGGGAAAGGAACUUUAACUUGGACAAAUGGAGAUUCAUUUGAAGGAAGCUGGCUGAAUGGGAUGAUGCAUGGAUUUGGAGUAUAUACGUGGAGUGAUGGUGGCUGUUAUGUUGGAACUUGGACACAUGGAUUAAAGGAUGGAAAAGGAUCAUUUUAUCCUAAAGGCAGCCGACUUCCGGCUGUAGAAGAACUUUACCUCAAUGCUUUAAGGAAAAGAGGUUUAUUGCCAGGUAUGAAAAAGCAGAACAAUGCGCAUAUCCAUCAUGCUACUUCAGCAGAUUUGGGAAAUGUCAAAGUUGGGGAGAGCCAUGGAUCUCGUCGUGGCUCAUCUGAUAAGCUCUCAAAGAGAAACAUGUUAAAUUUGGAGCAGUCUCGUGGCACAAAUGUUUCCUUGGAAAGGCGGUGGAGCCUCGAGGUAUCGAUAGAAAAAGUGAUUGGACAUGAUUCAUCGUUAGGAUUAUCUGAACCUGUAUUAGAAGGUGGAGAAAAGGAUCCUUACCCAAACAUUCCAAUCUUGGAACGGGAAUAUAUGCAGGGUGUCCUAAUUAGUGAGCUAGUGUUAAACGAUAGCUUUUCGUCUAGAAGAGCAAAACGGAGACAAAAGAAACUGGCAAAAGAGGUUAAGAAGCCAGGUGAAGCAAUCAUCAAAGGACACAGGAGUUAUGAUUUAAUGCUGAGUUUGCAGCUUGGUAUCAGAUAUACUGUGGGGAAAAUUACACCAAUACAAAGGCGAGAAGUACGGGCAUCAGAUUUUGGCCCAAGGGCAAGUUUUUGGAUGAAUUUUCCUAAAGAAGGCUCUCAGCUGACGCCUUCUCAUCAAUCAGAAGAUUUUAAGUGGAAAGAUUAUUGUCCUAUGGUCUUCAGGAAUUUGAGGGAGAUGUUCAAGAUUGAUGCUGCGGACUACAUGAUGUCUAUUUGUGGAAAUGAUGCUCUAAGAGAACUCUCUUCACCUGGGAAAAGUGGUAGUGUGUUUUUUCUGUCCCAAGAUGAUCGUUUCAUGAUUAAGACACUCCGAAAAUCUGAAGUUAAGGUUCUUUUGCGGAUGCUUCCAGAUUAUCAUCAUCAUGUAAGGUCAUAUGAGAACACACUGAUCACAAAAUUCUUUGGUCUUCAUAGGAUCAAACCUUCAAGUGGUCAAAAGUUUCGUUUUGUAGUGAUGGGAAAUAUGUUCUGUACAGAAUUAAGAAUACAUCGAAGGUUUGAUCUGAAAGGUUCAUCUCUAGGGCGUUCUGCAGACAAGGUUGAAAUUGAUGAAAACACAACCCUUAAGGAUUUGGAUUUAAACUAUUCCUUUUAUUUGGAACCAUCGUGGAGGGAGGCUUUAUUGCAGCAGAUUGAAAUUGAUAGUAAGUUUUUGGAAGCCCAGAACAUAAUGGAUUACAGCCUUCUGCUGGGUGUGCAUUAUCGUGCCCCACAGCACCUAAGAACUUUCAUGUCCUCCAAUCGGGGCAUGAGAGAUGGAUUGGAAAUGCUUGCAGAGGAAGAGACUUUAGAGGAUGAGAUCUCCAACUACCCUCAGGGCCUUGUUUUAGUCCCUCGAGGAGAUGAUAAUAGUGUAGUUGUGGGUCCUCACAUCAGAGGUAGUCGAUUGCGAGCAUCAUCUGCUGGUGAUGAGGAAGUGGAUCUACUCCUACCAGGUACAGCAAGACUCCAAAUUCAACUGGGGGUGAAUAUGCCAGCAAGGGCAGAGCAGGCUUUAGAGAACCAUGAAAAGCAGACGUUUCAUGGAGUAUAUGACGUAGUGCUAUAUUUGGGUAUCAUUGAUAUAUUGCAAGAGUACAACAUGAGUAAGAAGAUUGAACAUGCAUACAAAUCUCUUCAGUUUGAUUCCUUAUCCAUAUCCGCCGUGGACCCUACAUUCUAUUCCCGGCGCUUCUUAGAAUUCAUUCAGAAGGUGUUCCCCACUAAUGCUGUAACGAGUUAAAAAAUAAUUUUUGGAAUCUAAUAUAUCAAAAGCCUCUUAUGUUUUCUGUUUUACCCUUUGAUAAGCCACUUGUUUUCCAUGUUGCAACUGCAAAGUUUAAACGCUAUUCUUAUAGCUCUUGAGUGGCCGUUUGGAAUUCUGUGAUGUUAGUAUGGCUAAGCUGGUGGGUGCAAUCCUCAACAUUAUUCUGCUAAUACAUCGAAUUUUAUUUGUUUGAUGGUUU